CGCCGGAGCAGAGGGACACAAAAGGGAAACGAGCGUUUAUUAUGAGAUGCAAAAGAACUUUCCCAGGACGAUGACAGCGAUGGGUUAGACAGGAUUGAAGAGGAUGAUGGCCAAAUAAAAGGCAAGAGGCUCUUUCACAUCCUCAACCUCAAAGAUCUGGAAUAAACAUCUGAGAUCUGCUCUUUUAUUCAUAAUGCGUCGUCGCUUUCUUCGUUUUCUCGUUGAGUUGAGGAAGAGGAGAACAUCAGACGGCAUCGCGUUCAUUUCAGUAGCCUUUAAAAGGACCAGCUGCUCUGAGAAUGAUUGAUCUGAUGCUGUAAACCCUAUGUACUGUAGUCUAAGGGCUCACACUGUUAUCAUUUCACCGGUAGUCUAAUAACCUAACGACCUUUUAAAAGUGUUUUUAAGCGUCAUCAGGGAUGCUGCUGUGGGUUGUGACGCUUUGAUUGCUGAUCAUCCUGAUCAGAUGAUGAUGAUUGAUCAAAUAGACCUUGAAUUCAUCAUGGAUUAAGUCUGGUUAUUGAUCUUCUUCAGCAUCGGCGUGUAAAGAUGUCGGCUCCAGCCGGGCCCCGCAGCGGGCCUGUCCUGCCGGAGAUGCCGGACCUGAGCCACCUCACCGAGGAGGAGAGGAAGAUCAUCCUCGGUGUCAUGGACAGGCAGAAGAAAGAGGAGGAGAAGGAGCAGUCUAUGUUGAAGGUCAAAGAAGACGCAAAGUCUCAGCCAGCCCAGUGGUUUCCCUUUAGUGGAAUCACUGAUCUGGUUAAUAACGUUCUCCAGCCCCAGACAAAGUCCCAAAACCAACCGCAGACAGAGCCUCUGAAGGAGCCGGAGAUGAAAUUGCACCAGCAGUUUGAAAUGUACAAGGAUCAGGUGCAGAAGAUGGGUGAGGAGGCUCAGAGCGGCCCGGAGCAGAAGAGCGACGCUCCCACCUGCGGAAUCUGCCAUAAAACCAAGUUUGCCGACGGCUGUGGCCACCUCUGUUCUUAUUGCCAAACCAAGUUCUGUGCUCGAUGUGGAGGAAGAGUUUCACUGCGCUCUAACAAGGUGAUGUGGGUAUGCAACCUGUGCCGAAAACAACAAGAAAUCCUCACCAAGUCAGGGGCCUGGUUCUUCAGUGGCCCAGGGGGAGCCCUGCCUGUGGGUGCGAGUGACCCUCGCCGCCGCCACGAAGAGGCUCCACAGGAGAAGAAGGCCAAACUGCAGGAAGCCCCAUUGCUGUACCAGGGCUCAGGAGACCGCAGCCGAGCUCCAGGACUCCCCCGACAGGCAUCCCUCAACAACAACUCCAGUCUGAAGCCCAACGACCCAACAAGCAACAGGAAAAGAAGCCCAUCCGCAACCAGGGAUCCUAACCAAAAAUACGACCAAAGGGAGGAGAAGGCGGAGCGUUCGCAGUAUGCGCCAGGGGAGGGCGGCAUGCCACGAUCGCCGUCUGACUAUGGAGCCGGAGAGCGGCAGUGGCGGGGAGGCUGCGGGCGCUCCUAUGAGGAUGCGGAGGUAGCGCGAGGGGGGUACCGGGCUCGGCGGGGCGGCUGGCACUCUCAAGAGGAAUACCCACCCGAACCCGGCUUCCUACCCGACGGGCCACCCCUGAGCGAGCACGAGCUCCAGCGCCAGCGGCAGGAGGAGUACCAGAACCGCUACCGCAGUGACCCAAACCUGGCCCGAUACCCAGUCAAACCACAGCCGUACGAGGAGCAGAUGCGCAUGCACGCUGAGGUCUCCAGAUUUAGGCAUGAACGGCGGCACAGCGAUGUCUCCCUGGCGUACACUGAGAUGGAAGAGCCCCUGGGACCUCUGCGAGGUCCACACUACUCACCAGGCCCCGGACAAACGCACUGGAGGUCCAAUCACAGUCCCCCUGGCACAGACUCGGCCCACCGGCAGCAGCAGCUCCUGGAUCCCGUCUCUGCUGUACGGAAGAGUAAAAGGGAAAAGAUGGAGAGCAUGCUGAGGAACGACUCGCUCAGUUCCGACCAAUCGGAGUCCGUCAGGCCGCCGCCGCCUAAACCUCACAAGACCAAACGAGGCGGGAAAAUGAGGCAGGUUUCGCUGAGCAGCUCUGAGGAGGAACUGGCCACUACGCCUGAGUACACCAGCUGCGAGGAUGUGGAGAUCGAGAGCGAGUCAGUCAGUGAGAAAGGGGACAGUCAAAGGGGAAAAAGACAAACUUUUGAGCAGUCACACACCUUAUCUGAGGGCCAAAAGAAAAUGGUGCGCUUUGGGGGCCACUCUUGGGAAGAAGAUGCUGAGUGGUGUGAGCCCCAGGUUAAAGACUCGGGUGUUGAUACGUGCAGUAGCACAACCCUAAACGAGGAGCAUAGCCAUAGUGAGAAGCACCCAGUCACAUGGCAGCCCUCCAAAGACGGAGAUCGGCUCAUCGGCAGGAUCCUGCUCAACAAGCGCAUGAAGGACGGCAGCGUUCCCCGCGACUCCGGAGCUCUUCUGGGACUCAAAGUGGUUGGUGGAAAGAUGACAGAGUCUGGGCGACUUUGUGCGUUCAUUACCAAAGUAAGGAAAGGGAGUUUAGCGGAUACAGUUGGGCACCUCAGACCAGGUGACCAGGUCUUGGAGUGGAAUGGCCGACAGUUACAAGGAGCCACAUUUAAAGAAGUUUACAAUAUCAUUUUAGAAUCAAAGCCAGAGCCUCAGGUGGAACUAGUGGUCUCGCGACCCAUAGGAGAUAUACCCAGGAUACCAGAAAGCACACACGCACAACUUGAGUCCAGUUCGAGUUCAUUUGAGUCUCAGAAGAUGGAGCGUCCCUCCAUAUCCGUCACGUCUCCCAUGAGCCCCGGAGUGCUGCGGGACGCCCCCCAGUACUUAUCGGGACAGCUUACAAGCCAAAGCCUUAGUAGAAGAAUUGAGCCUUUUAACCCUAGAGUUCAGGUCAAACUUUGGUAUGACAAAGUGGGCCAUCAGCUUAUAGUCACCAUUCUGGGUGCAAAGGAUCUGCCUUCAAGGGAAGAUGGUCGACCUCGCAAUCCUUAUGUCAAGAUCUACUUCCUCCCUGACAGAAGCGACAAAAGCAAAAGAAGAACAAAAACAGUAAAGAAAUCACUAGAGCCCAAAUGGAACCAGACCUUUAUGUACUCGCCCGUCCACCGGCGGGAAUUCAGGGAGAGAAUGCUGGAGAUUACGCUGUGGGACCAGGCCCGCGUUCGGGAGGAGGAGAGUGAGUUCCUUGGCGAGAUCCUGAUCGAGCUGGAAACAGCGCUGCUGGACGAUGAGCCGCACUGGUAUAAACUGCAGACGCAUGACGUGUCGUCGGUCCCGCUGCCCAAGAGCUCUCCCUGCCUGCAGAGACGAGCACUGCACGGGGACAGUCCCACACGCAGACUGCAGAGGUCUCAGAGGAUCAGCGACAGCGAGUUCUCAGACUAUGACUGUGAAGAUGGCGUUGGCGUCGUAUCAGACUACAGAAACGGCAGGGACCUCCAGAGCUCCACCCUCUCUGUGCCUGAGCAAGUCUUAUCGUCCAAUCACUGCUCUCGGUCUGCUGACAUCAACAGGGCGCGCUCGCGAUCUCCCAGCAUGCCUCCUUCUCAGAGUCAUUUUCUCACGUUACCUCGAACCCGACACAGUCAGCCUCAUGACAGUGACCUGCAGGAUCUCAGGAAUUACGGAGGAGCGCCGGACCGGCACGAGUACCAUCACCGGUCUCGUUCUGCAGACCAGCGGGCCGCGAUGGAGCGUCCCAUGUACAGUCGCUCUCGCUCCACAGAGCGUCCGCCCGACGGGCCGCACAUGAGGUCCUCCAUGCCCUCUCUGCCAUCGGGACACUCUGCACCAUCUUCCCCUGCCUUAUCGAGGGCUCAUCCUCGCGGUGGAUCGGUUCAGACCAGCCCCACCGGGACCCCCGUAAACAGCCGGAGAGGACGUCAGCUGCCACAACUGCCUCCAAAGGGGACGCUGGAGAGAAAAGACUCGGACUCCCCCAGUCGGACAAACUCAGGUGCUCUGGAUGUUGAGGAGCGAACACGGCAGAUGAAGCUGAAGAUGAACAAAUAUAAACAGGGGACCGGCUCCGAUUCAAGACUGGAGCAGGAUUAUCACAAGCGCUCCGGCAGGGAUCCUCAGCGUGGAGAAAACCUUUCGGCCAAGUCUUCGGACAGUGAUGUGAGCGACGUGUCCGCUGUGUCGAGAACCAGCAGUGCAUCUCGAUUCAGCAGCAUGAGCUACAUCUCUGUCCAGUCGGAGCGGCCGCGGGGCAGCAGGAAGAUCAGUGAAUUUACAUCCAAAAUGAAAAACAGGCAAAUGGGAACGGCGGCUGGAGGCAACAUGACCAAGAGCACUAGCAUCGGCGGAGACAUGUGCAGCCUGGAGAAGACCGACGGCAGCCAGUCGGACACGGCCGUGAGCCUGGUGGGAACGGACGAAAAGAAACGGCGCUCCAGCAUCGGAGCCAAGAUGGCGGCAGUGGUGGGAUUGAGCCGAAAGAGUCGCAGCGCCUCACAGCUCGGUCAGACAGAAGCAGGAGGGAAGAAGCUGCGCAGCACCAUCCAGAGGAGCACAGAGACGGGACUGGCUGUGGAGAUGAGGAGCCGAAUGACAAGACAAGCCAGCCGAGAAUCCACUGACGGCAGCAUGAACAGCUACAGCUCUGAGGGAAACCUGAUCUUCCCUGGAGUGAGACUCUCUUCAGACAGUCAGUUCAGUGAUUUCCUGGAUGGACUUGGCCCCGCCCAGCUGGUGGGCAGACAGACGUUAGCCACACCUCCUAUGGGUGACAUUCAAAUCGGGAUGGUGGAAAAGAAAGGAGCCCUAGAGGUGGAGGUGAUCCGAGCCCGAGGCCUAGUGGGAAAACCAGGUUCAAAGGCACUGCCAGCCCCUUAUGUAAAGGUGUAUCUACUGGAGAACGGCGCCUGCAUAGCCAAAAAGAAAACAAAAGUAGCAAGAAAAACACUGGAUCCUCUUUACCAGCAGCAGCUGUCAUUCGAAGAGGCUCCAGGAGGAAAGGUUUUACAAAUCAUAGUGUGGGGAGAUUAUGGACGUAUGGACCACAAAUCUUUCAUGGGAGCCGCUCAGAUACUGUUAGAUGAUCUGGACUUGUCCAACAUGGUUAUUGGCUGGUUUAAGCUGUUUCCCCCAUCUUCACUGGUCGACCCAACCUUGGCCCCGUUGACCAGAAGAGCUUCCCAGACAUCUUUGGACAGCGGGUCCGGGCCAUUUGCUCGCUCGUAGCAGUUUCCUGAAAUCUAGCGUUAUUGUAGCAGCCAUUGGGUGGAGUUUGAGAUUGGCGACAGGUCCUGUUCCCCAGUAAACACUGCAUGCUUGAUGUUGUGUGUUCAAAGCUUGUUUCUUAGGGGAGAAAAAAAGCGGACCUGUUUUUGCUCGCAAAAAAACGACGCACAUAUUGUGCACAAAACAGAGAGCGCCCUCUUGAGGGAAAGGACGCGACGAAGCUGGAAACGGGCUCCUUUGCUCAAGGAACGUCACAAUUCCUGCUUUUAGAUCCUAUUUGAAGCCAUUGGAGUCGAGUUUGAACUGAGAACCGAGAGUUCUUCAGAAGCCCUUUUUUUUGCAACGGGGUGGAGCGUCAACUUUCGUUUUCCAUUUAUGUUUCUUUUAAUGUCGAUGUAUUUGUAUCUACAUGGGCUAACAGUGUUCCUUGGGUCAAGCCAUGCCAACAGACCCAGAAAUGUACACGCAAAAACAAACAAACAAACAAACAAAAAAAAACAUGACGUGGGAAUGAUCACCUCACUCCCCAGAUACAUGAUCCUGCUAGAUCAAUACAGAGAUGAUAUGUAGGUUUGAAUCAUCUUUCAAGAUCAAAUUGAACUCCUUUUCUUGAUACUGUAUGAAACUUAAAGAAGAAAUGGCGAGUUUUUUGUUGCAUGGACACAACUUUAGCUGAACUUAAAAAAAAAAGCGAAUAGAAAAUAAUUUUCUCAGAUGCUACUUGCGAAAAAAAAAAUGAUGAUGAAGAAAUAAAAAAAAAAAAAACUAACCAGAUCAGCCAUUUUCAACAAUUUCUAUUAUUUUUAAAGAUAAAUUUCACUAGUGCAUGGUUUUCAUGGGGAGUGAAUGCUAUAGUGUGAUUUGAAAAAACUACAAAAAAUAACUUGUUUUUUGUCCUGUAGACCGUUCAUUGGUCUCUCUACUGUAUUUUUACAGAUAAAUGACGAGUUUAACAUUUUAUUUACAGUGAAAAAAUCUGUUCAUGUGACAAAGACGUAUAAGAAUAAAUGUCUAUGAUUUAUUAUUGUAAAGGCGUAAGCCUUAUGAAGCUAAAGACGAUGUGCAAAUUGUACGUUUCUCUACUUCUCCCUUGUCCCAGGGUAAGCUCUCUGUACUUCUGUUGUCAGAUCCCCCCCACCCCCCUCCCCGAAAUUGUUCCAGUUUUUAAGUUCUCAUUUUCAAGGCUGUCGGUUUGGCGCAGCUCUUCUAGUUUUAGUCUGUAUAUUUGUUUGGAGUUCAUUGGUUUAACAAGCAUGUUGAAAAGGGUUUUUGGCAACAUGGCUUGGGCACAUCUUACAGUAACUCAGCAUGUUUUGAUAAAGACGAUAUUUGGAGAUUAAAAAAAAAUGUACAGUGCAUGUCGACGACGAUCCCCUUCUUCACCCUGAAUUGAAUUUUAGUGAAAUUAGGCAGUGGUCUUAUGAGGACCAAAAAAAGAAGGGAAAAAAAAAUACGAAUGAACAUUCCACCUUGUAAAAUCAUACUUUGUUGUUGACAAAUUUAAGGGAAAAACGCGACCAGGGAUUUUUCUAUCUUUACGGAGCUGCAGUAUUCCUGAUUAAAGAGCCCACAGUUUCACUUUUUACCGGAGGCGCUGCAGCUCACUGACUUUGGCAGUAUUGUGCUGUACAGUUUUUCCGAGCAUGAUGCUGUCUGCAGAGAAAUGCACAUCGGGACGAUGAUAUUGCCACACGAUAUACCUUUGCUUUUUAUUUCUUCCUUUUCCAGAAAGUAGAAGUCAUUUAAUAUAUUUUUGUUAGUUUAUUUACAAGCCAAGACCUAUUUAUUUUUCAUUUUCUAUUUUUUAGUAAUAAUCAGAGCUACUUAUAUCUGAGAAGUUUAUGACUCAUAGUUUUAAUGCCUGAAUGGAAUUAUACAGCGAGACAUUAUACCUCUUCCUACGUUUUUUGUUUUGUUUUGUUAAUUGCUCAAUGUGACUAUUUUCAUUUAGUCUGCUUAUAAUUUCUGUAUACAUCAAUAAUUUCCAUUAAAGAUACACUAGCGCUGUUGUUAAAGCUUUUUGAAGUGGGAUAAUGUCUCAUGUUUAAGGUAUGUUCUGUUCUAUUUCAAAUGCCUUCUCUGUUUUUUUGUUUGUUUUUAUUUUCUUUUUUGGUGCAAUGUGUUCAUGCCAAGGCUAUGUCUUGGUCAAGUAUGGUUGAGUACAGAGAUUUAUGUAAGUUAUUUUUCAAAUUAAAAAAAUAAAAAAUGGAUAUUACACUGGAAAAUGA